UACAAAGUGAUGAACAAAAACCUGGUUGGACCGAAGUACCCAGAAAGAACAGCGCAGGAUGUCCGUGGCAAAUAACUGCAGAGGUAUGGAAGAAACCUUGAGAGGAACUAGACUCUAGAGAGAGGGAGCCCAACCUCAGCAGUAGUCGACACUUUAUUAUACCGGUGUGAUUAUGUAUUUAUAAGGCAUUGUAUCAACACCAUCAUCCUUCUAUAGACGCAGUCAGCUGAACUAUGCCAAUGUCCUAUUGAACGAGAAGUGCUCGGAUUUAGAGUGGCAUCAGAAAGCUAUGCAGAAAGCAAGUAACGUUCGUUCAGCAUCUUCAUCUUGUACCUCUAUCCUCUGCUCAACAACUUUUAGACAUGUUAGAUAAUAGUGACUUAUUUUCAAGAAUCCCUUUCAAGAAUCCCUUCAUCAAUGUUGAAAAAUAAACAUCCCCUACGUGUAGGCUAUGUUUCGAUAUUGUCUGGAUAUAUUUUUUGCAAGAGUAGGUGUAAAGCGCAAGUGUUCUCGGAUUUGACAUUACCUGAGUCGUCCGCAAUCUGCAGUUAGACCUUGCUUCCUGUGUGGAAAGUUGAGCGACACUUUCCAAUGUAUUUUCUCCUAAAAGUCUGAUGGUUUAGUCAUUUCCCCAAUGGUUAAAAAAACGGAGAAAAAUAAGCGAACUAUUCUGUGAAGUCUUCCGUUCGGUAAGAAGAAUGUAGUCAAACUUUAUUUUUGGAGAAGUGGGUUUUCCAAAGCACGGCUGCCAGGCUUCGUUCAAUCCGUCCUGCCCUCCACCCCGUGCCACCCUCCAGCCCCUCCUCUAUCCGUGAAGAGGCAGGUCUCUCCUCGCCCGUUCACCGUCCACUGCGAGAGCCACAAUAACACCGUCACGUGUCCACAGACCUGGAUGAGAUGGGAGAAAUGACGCAACUACACAGGCUUUUAGACGCAUCUUCUAUUGGAGACCGGAUGUGGUGAUCAAAGCGUUUAUUUACCAGAUAGAUCACAUCCACCCAGCGCAGAGUUGACCCUCUGACUCACUGUGCCACUUCCUCGGUCAUGGACACAGGUUCAGUAGCAGGUAGGACCAGUUCGAUCUCUGAAGAGAUGGAGGGGAUAUGUGUGAUGCCAGAUAUGAGCAACAUCAAGUCGGAACACCCGGGUGGGAGUGUGGACGACACAGGUGCACAGAACGUGGCCAUGGGGAUCAAGUUCAUCCUGCCCAACCGCUUUGAUAUGAACGUGUGCUCAAGGUUCGUCAAGUCGCUCAACGAGGAGGACAGCAAAAACAUCCAGGACCAGGUCAAUUCCGACUUGGAGGUGGCGUCUGUUUUAUUUAAAGCCGAGUGUAAUAUUCAGACGUCGCCCUCACCAGGGAUACAAGUGCGUCAUGUUUACACCCCAUCCACCACCAAACACUUCUCCCCCAUCAAACAGUCGACAACACUCACCAACAAGCACCGUGGAAACGAGGUGUCCUCCACUCCCCUUCUAGUCCACUCCCUGUCCAUUCACCAGCUGGCAGCACAGGGAGAAAUGGUGUUCUUGGCCAGCAGGAUUGAACAAGGUGGCAAUGUCCCUCAGGAGACAGUGAUUAACCUGCAGGAUGAGGAAGGCUUCACCCCCCUGAUGUGGGCCGCAGCACACGGACAGAUAGCUGUCGUAGAGUUCCUGCUCCAGAACGGAGCGGACCCCAACCUGUUGGCUAAAGGCAGAGAGAGCGCUCUGUCUCUGGCCUGCAGCAAGGGAUACACAGACAUCGUGAAGAUGCUCAUCGACUGUGGCGUGGAUGUCAAUGAAUAUGACUGGAACGGAGGGGUUCCCGUUCUCUACGCUGUCCAUGGAAACCAUUUGCGUUGUGUGGAAAUUCUCCUAGAAAGUGGCGCCGACCCCACCAUUGAGUCUGACUCUGGCUUCAACGCUAUGGAUAUGGCUGUGGCAAUGGGCCAUAGGAAUGUUCAACAGGUGAUGGAGGCCCACUUACUGAAGCUGCUGAUGGGGAUCAGAGAGUAACCCUUUAACCUGGGGCACAAGAGGGACUGCCUGUGAAUGGAAAUACAGUGGACACCAUAAAGAAAAAAGAAUUAAGGCUGAGGAUGAUUGUGGAUCAUGUUGAGACAUAUCUGUUAGGGUGAAGCACAGGUGUGAAUGGUUUUGAUGAAGCAUGUGAGUAUUUAUGGAGACAUGCAACUCAAAUGUUUCAGGCCACCGUUCUGGGUAGAUGCCCUUUUCUUUGAGUUUAGUUUGUUAUGAUGUAAAUAAGUUUUGAGCCAAAUGCUAAUGUAAAAGUAGUGCUUAAACCCGAACGUCUGCUCUAAUCAUGCAUUGAUAUCAAUGGAAGAUUUUGGUGAAAGUUAAAGUGCACAAUUUUCAUUUGAGAAUUUUGCUCCUCAUGUAAACACCAUAAAGUUGGGAUGAAAUUAAGUAGGUCAAAUGGAUUGCUUUGGGAAAAAUGUGUGGAUGCUUCUGUAGGUAAAAUGUUUUAAUUAGUUUUUGUUUAUGACUGACUUACAUUGGAGCAAAUGAGUUGUUUUCAAGGAAAAAAGAAACCGCACACUGCUCUUGAUAGUAUCACUGCUCUUGAUACUAUCACUGCUCUUGAUAGUAUCACUGAUAUUUAAUAAGCUAACGUAUCUGCCUCACGGCCCCCGUCAGAGCUUUUGUUAUUUUAUUUUAAAUUAGCACCCUUAUGUAGACCUGGCCCCACCCACAUCCGUUCCUCACAUCCAAAUGGGUUGGAGGCAAAGGAAAAACAAAUAAAUGCUACCAAAUAUAA